AUAAGUUGAAGAAACAUGGCGACGUCUAAUUUGUUAAAGAACAAGGGGUCCCUGCAAUUUGAAGACAAGUGGGACCUGAUGCGACCCAUCGUCCUCAAGCUGCUGAGACAGGAGGCCGUCACCAAGCAACAGUGGUUUGACUUGUUCUCAGAUGUCCAUGCUGUGUGUCUAUGGGAUGAUAAAGGUCCAGCUAAAAUUCACCAAGCCCUCAAAGAAGACAUCCUUGACUUCAUCAAACAAGCACAAGCUCGUGUGCUGAGCCAUCAGGAUGACACAGCUCUGCUAAAAGCCUACAUUGUAGAGUGGAGGAAGUUCUUCACCCAGUGUGACAUCCUUCCAAAACCGUUCUGUCAGCUGGAGAUCACGCUGAUGGGGAAACAGGGCAGCAACAAGAAGACAAACAUGGAGGAUAGCAUCGUACGCAAGUUGAUGUUGGACACCUGGAACGAGUCGAUCUUUUCCAACAUCAAGAGUCGUCUGCAGGACAGUGCCAUGAAGCUGGUGCACGCUGAGAGGCUCGGGGAGGCCUUCGACUCCCAGCUCGUCAUCGGUGUACGCGAGUCGUACGUCAACUUGUGUUCAAAUCCAGACGACAAACUGCAAAUCUACAGGGAUAACUUUGAGAAAGCCUACCUAGACUCCACAGAGAGGUUUUACAGAACACAGGCACCGUCCUACCUGCAGCAAAAUGGUGUCCAGAACUACAUGAAAUAUGCAGAUGCAAAGCUGAGAGAAGAGGAGAAAAGGGCACUUAGAUAUCUAGAGACACGUCGUGAAUGUAACUCUGUUCAAGCACUUAUGGAAUGUUGUGUGAACGCUCUGGUGACGUCAUUCAAAGAGACGAUCCUCGCCGAAUGUCCAGGGAUGAUCAAACGCAAUGAAACAGACAGGCUGCAGCUGAUGUUCUCAUUGAUGGACAAGGUCCCCAAUGGGAUUGACCCCAUGCUGAAGGACUUGGAAGAGCACAUAAUCAAUGCUGGACUGGCAGACAUGGUGGCUGCUGCGGAGACUAUCACUACUGAUUCUGAGAAGUACGUGGAGCAGUUGUUGACUUUGUUUAACCGCUUCAGUAAGCUGGUUAAGGAGGCUUUCCAGGAUGACCCUCGCUUCCUCACAGCGCGAGACAAGGCUUACAAGGCUGUCGUCAAUGAUGCCACAAUCUUCAAACUGGAGCUACCUUUGAAACAGAAAGGAGCAAAGUUCUGUCCGGGAGGAAAAAGUCACCCUGGAGAAACGCCACACGGGUUAAAGCACAGAGAAGGUGUGGGCAUGAAGACCCAGCCAGAGUCGAAGUGUCCUGAGCUGCUGGCAAACUACUGUGACAUGCUGCUGAGGAAAACUCCCCUCAGCAAGAAACUCACCUCAGAAGAAAUUGAGCUCAAGCUGAAAGAAGUGUUACUGGUAUUGAAGUACGUCCAGAACAAAGACGUGUUCAUGCGUUACCACAAAGCUCACCUGACCAGACGCCUGAUCCUGGACAUUUCAGCAGACAGCGAGAUUGAAGAGAACAUGGUGGAGUGGCUUAGAGAAGUAGGAAUGCCUGCUGAUUAUGUUAACAAGCUGGCCAGGAUGUUUCAGGACAUCAAGGUCUCUGAGGACCUCAAUCAGGUCUUCAAAGAGAUGCACAAACACAACAAGCUGGCGCUGCCAGCGGACAGCGUGAACAUCAAAAUCCUCAACGCUGGGGCUUGGUCACGGAGUAGCGAGAAGGUUUUUGUGUCGCUCCCCACCGAGCUGGAGGACCUGAUCCCAGAGGUGGAAGACUUUUACAAGAGGAACCACAGCGGUCGUAAAUUGCACUGGCAUCACCUCAUGUCCAACGGCAUUAUUACUUUUAAAAACGAAGUGGGCCAGUAUGACCUGGAGGUGACGACGUUCCAGUUGGCAGUGUUGUUUGCCUGGAACCAGCGGCCGAGGGAGAGAAUCACCUUUGAGAACCUCAAACUGGCCACAGAGCUGCCGGAUGCAGAGCUGCGCCGAACACUCUGGUCUCUGGUCGCUUUCCCCAAGCUGAAGAGACAAGUGUUGUCUUAUGACCCUCCCGUUAGCUCGCCCAAAGACUUCACCGACAGCACGCUCUUCUACGUCAACCAGGAGUUCUCGCUCAUCAAAAACUCCAAAGUCCAGAAGCGAGGGAAGAUAAAUUUGAUUGGUCGACUUCAGCUAACCACAGAGCGAAUGAGAGAAGAGGAGAAUGAAGGCAUCGUUCAGCUCAGAAUACUCAGAACUCAGGAGGCCAUCAUCCAAAUCAUGAAGAUGAGGAAGAGGAUUAGCAAUGCACAGCUGCAGACGGAGCUGGUAGAAAUCCUGAAAAAUAUGUUUCUGCCUCAGAAGAAGAUGAUAAAAGAGCAGAUCGAGUGGCUCAUCGAACACAAGUAUAUAAAGAGGGAUGAGGCAGACAUCAACACCUUCAUCUACAUGGCCUAGGCAGUGAAAAAGUAGUACAUUUUUGCUGUUUUUUACUGCUGGCCUGCAACUGGCGCUUUAAAAUCCUGCAAGAAGAGACGGACAAGAGACGGAGAGAGUUGUAUGAAGAGAGCUAGAAGGUUGAUAAUAAGCGGGGAGGUUGUUAUAAGACAAGGUUGAGCCCAUUGAACAAAAGCGUGGACAUAAUUUCUGUUUGUAAGAUGCCGGUGUGUUAUCUGAGUGUCCUUUCAAGAUGUAGCGUUGAGUCACCAGGCUGUCUGUUUGUCUCUGCUGCCCUCUCGUGUCGGCGGAGAGGCACGGCAACAUGCGCUGUUUGCCAGCAGCUCAGAAGGAUAACGAAAUAGUGAAAUAAUUAAAUACUUCCUGCCUUACUUUUAUCAGCACCUGACUGCAGAAGAGGAGGAGGUAAAGAGUGGAGCGAAAAAGAGGACAAAAGCAACAGAUAUUAAUCCGUUCACGUGAUGCCACAGCUGCAGUCUUUAUGGCAGCCACCUUGCAUUCUUCCUAUUUUCCAUCGAUUCUGGUUCUUUUUUUUUUUAAUGGACGGGGAAUGCAAAGAGCCGCAUGAAAGCUGCCAAUGAGGAGGAGCAGGCACGGAGAAAGACUAGUUCAAACUACCAAGGAGUAUUUUGCCAAAUUCUGUGUGUGUGUAUAUGUGUGUGUGUUGGGUGCGUGUUUGGAUGCAUGGUGUGUAUCUGGUCACAUUGAUGUGUGUAUGUGUGUGCACUUUUAACAGCAUGCUGCUUUAUGAUUUUUUUUAUUUUAUGUUUUUUUUCCUCACUGGAGAAUCUGUCACAAUUUUUUGUUUUGAAGUGGCCGAGAAAUUAAAAUCGGCCACAAUUGAAAUGCUGUUAUUUUAUGUUAUGUUGAUGCCCUGUGACUGCAGGAAAACUUUUAUCAGCAGGUGAACAAGUAUUGUCUUUAGUCUGUGUUGGAUAGUUAUCAUAAUGCAAACUAUUUAUUUUACAUGUAAAAAACCCAUGCUCUAAAUAUUGUGAGAUUAAAUGCCACCUUAAUCCAUCAAAGGGGGACACGGUGAAAAUUGUUACGAGGUAAACUUUUUGGUGUCAGUACAACAGAAUCUGCUCAGUCCAGACCAGACGUACUUGGACAGUUACACAGUAUUACAAUGAAAUGCCAUGCUUUGGGUCUUUAGACCAAUCUACAAAGAUGUUUGUAUAUGCUGGCCCCUUCAAACACACUGUGCCUAAAGUUUGGAGAUUCAAAUGUAAUUGGAAAGAGUGCACAGAAGGGGAAACAAACUCAUCUGUAUCUGUCAAAUUCUUUCCACUCGGCGCUGGUUUUAAGUUUCUGACUCAAACAUCAACGAGCACAUGUAUCUUUCCUGUUGUCCCAGACAUUUACUGGAGCCCCCACUUCAGUUCUGGCUUGUUGCUCUGCCUGUUUUCUUCUUCAGGUGGACUGCAGCUCGGUUGGUUUGGGUUUUAUUUUAGACUAAUUUAUGUGAAUGUGAGUGCAAGGCUGAAUGGAGCGCCAGAAAGGGUUUCUGAAACAUACAGAUUAACUUCUGUGUCUGAA